GGACCCUGAUCAUAUAAAAGUCUUAACCCAGCUGGGGUGCUUCACUUUGUGUGGGACCAACAGCAGGCUGUCAGGGAAACAUGGCAUUCAUACACACAGCAGCCUGCCUUCUAAUUCUGUGCUCCAUCUCUUCAGCACAAUUUAGAGGUGAUUCUGAUGGAUCUUGUUCCCCAAAUGAUGGAUUUGGUAAAUACUGCCCAACAACAUGUGGAGUGGCUGAUUACCUGCAAAAAUACAAGCCUAGCAUGGACAAAGAGCUUGAUGACAUGGGGUAUUUAUUAGAGGAAAUAGCUAAUCUGACAAAGGGAGCCCAGGACAAAGUGGUCUACAUGAGAGAUUCUGCCAACCAGGCACAGAAGUCUACUCCCCCAGAUUACUAUAUCAAAAGGUCAUCGAACAUGCUGGAUGAUAUUCUGAGAUUUGAAAGGAGCAUUGUUGAGCAGGAAGCAAAAAUAUAUGAACUCGAACAAAUGCUUGGGUCCAAUGAGAAGCGAAUGCUGCAGCUCAAACAGCUGUCACUGCAGCUAGAACAGAAGUGCAAGCAACCCUGCCAGGACACCGUUAAGAUUGAGCCAGAAACAGGCAAAGAUUGCCAAGACAUAGCGAACAAAGGCGCCCGAACCAGCGGCCUGUACUUUGUGAAGCCCCUGAAAGCCACGCACCAGUUCCUGGUCUACUGCGAAAUCAACAGCGCGGGAAGCGGCUGGACGGUGCUCCAGAGGAGGCGCGAUGGAAGUGUGGACUUCUCCAAAAACUGGAUCCAGUACAAGGAGGGCUUUGGCUACCUGUCUCCGAACGACAAAACAGAAUACUGGCUGGGUAACGAGAAGAUACACCUCCUGUCCACCCAGUCGUCCAUUCCGUACGUCCUGAGGAUCGAGAUGAUCGACUGGGAUGGAACAAAAAAGAAUGCCGAUUACGCCAUGUUUAAAGUGGGCCCGGAGGCUGACAUGUACCGGCUGACCUACGCCUACUACCAUGGAGGGGAUGCCGGUGACGCCUUCGACGGAUUUGAUUUCGGGGACCCCAGCGACAAGUUCUACACCUCCCACAACGGAAUGCAGUUUAGCACUGCUGACAAGGACAAUGACAAGUACCAGGGUAACUGUGCCAAGCAGGAUGGGUCAGGCUGGUGGAUGAACCGGUGCCACGCCGGGCAUCUGAACGGCAAAUAUUACCAAGGUGGGAAGUACACGGAGGCGGAAGCUGGCCAGUACGGGUAUGACAACGGCAUCAUCUGGGCUACGUGGCACAACCGUUGGUACUCUAUGAAAGAGACCACCAUGAAAAUUAUCCCGAUUAAUCACAUGGUCGCAGGCGGUGGUCAGCAGACGGGCAUUAAGCAAUUUGGAGGUCUGGGAGACAUAUAAAGGACGAGGUGCCAAUAUUUCAUUGCACAAAUAAUGGUUUCUUGGGUUUUCUGCUUUGUAUAGUCAAACAUCAUGUUUGUCACUCAAGGAGAGUGGCCUCCCCUGUUCACUUAGAAUCAUCUCAGCUAUUUGUACAUUUCUCCAAUAAAUGUUGUGUUUUCUAAGCAUUAUAACUACUUCUAAUGCACACAUUAAUACAGCAUGGCUGAACUCAGUGACAAGGACUGAAUAUGCAUUGAAAGGAGGAAAAGGUUUUGUUUUCUUUUUACUUCUACAGAUAAAUAAAAAGUCAAAACAAAUCUUACCGUCAA